UAACUGUAUAAAAAAAUAUUGAUGUCAUGUAAUUCAGUAGGUAAAGCUUAGAAUAUAGUUGUGCAGUUCAAACUUUUAAUUAGUUUGAGGAGUAAUCGUUAUUUUGGUUCGAAUUUAUUGGGAUUUGCAUAAUGUUUAUGCAAAGCAAAGAACCAAUCUUAUUAAUGAUUUAGUUUGAUAAUUUAAGACAACCCGAAAAUCCAUGUCUUUGUUUAACAAUUAUGUUGACGGACAAACGGACAUGCACAAGACUCACGUUCAGUCUACAAAGCCUAUUUAAAUGAUUUCUGAUUCUGAUUAGCCACAGGCUAAUUGGGUGUAAAAUGUCCUGAGACAUAUAAUUAGCGUCAGAUAUUAACAACAUUCACUAAUUAUGAUCAAUGAGUUUGACACCAAACGAUGAUUCAUGAUCAACUGAGAUUAGACACGGUCGAAAAGGUAAUGCUGUAUGAAUUUCCAGCGAUCUUCGAAAAAUGUUGGUCGCUUAUUUUCUGUUUUUCUUGUUAUACGAAGCAAACAGCUACAAAAUACCAACACCUUACCCCGAGUACAACAAGAAACUAGUUAAAUGUGUAACAGAUAUUGUUCGAGAACAUUAUUCCGAAAAAAAAGUUAUAACUUACGUCGGCGAUAAGUUUGAAGAUGAAGAACUUUUGAAGGCAAUAAAUAAUGAAGGGACCGUAUCAAUCGUUUCACUGAAAUCGACGAAGAGAAUGAUUAUACCACACGAAGCUUAUUUGCUAUCUGGAAAAAAUGCAACUUUUAUAGCUAAACAUUUUCCCAAAGUCAGAAGAGAAACUUCAUGGAAUCCACUUGCAAGAUUUCUGGUCCUCGUCAAGAAUCUUACAGAAAGUGAUCUCAAAAUAGUGUUCGAUAUGUUUCUGAAGCUGCACGCAAGACAUGUGAUAAUAGUGAAUGCUACUGAAGAUGCUCACUUGUACGGCUACAAUCCCUUCGAUAACUACGGCUGCGGUAAACGCUAUGACUAUAUCUUCAGCUAUGGCAAGUGUGCGAAAGCAUUCUACAAAGAGUUGUACGUAAACAAAAUCAUAACCAAGCUAAGGAAUUGCACAUUUAACGUCGUCAUAACCCAGUGGCCGCCAUACACAAUAUUACCCACCAAUGAUUCAAAUGACUUGUCACCACUACGCCAUGGGGCCGAGCCAUAUUUGUUCCAAUUAAUAGGUCGCAUGCUAAAUUUCAAAAUAAACAUCACAUACGAUUAUACUGCUGUUGAAGAAUUUCCAACGGUGUCUACAGACAUGGAGGCAGUUGGGUCUUUGAAAAAGCUUCAGGAUAACCAAGCUGAUGCUGCGAUAGGAGGCAUGUUACUGACGCCUUCUCGAGCUCUAGCCUUCUCUUUCGUUUACGGUCAUUUAGCUUACACAGACGAAAUACGAUUUAUAGUGAAACGAGCUUCAGACGUACCUCCUUGGAAAAAUGUCUACUUAGAAUUUCAUUGGACGGUGUGGAUCAUACUUCUGCUGACUCUAAUGUUAUACUCAAUAUUAGUGAUACUGCUACUUCAGACGAACGAUAAAAGCUACGUAGUGCUAGUACUACUAAGUAAUCUUCUACUUCAUGGGCACAGUUUCAGAAGUCGGAGUACGGUGAAAACCGUUCUCAUACUAUGGAUGUGGUUCGCGUACUUGGUGAAUACUUUCUACCAGUCUACUCUGUUCAGUCUUACGACAAACCCAGCUCAAGAAUAUCAAAUUUCUAACGAAGAAGAUCUAGCGCGGUUCAGACUUAAACCCUGUUUUAGUAAGGUGAUGGAAAAUUAUUACAGAGAAUCUGUGCAAACUAAUGAUGGGUACCAAAGAAUUAAGGGCUGCGAUGGAUUGAUGGAAAGCGUGCACACAGUGGCGAAUUCUGAAGACCUGUACACGAUUCUUCUAAAUGGACAGUUUAGAUACAAUAUGCAGGAGUUUCGGGAUAAGUAUGGGACAUCUCGCGUUGUAGCGCUACCUAAGCCAUAUUCUAAGGUAAUGUACGCAAUAUUUUUGUACAAAGGCUUUCCUAUGAUCAAUUAUUUUCUUCACAAGUCGCUUCGGUUGAGAGAACUAGGUUUGGUGGACAAAGUUAUAAAGAAGUUGACAUAUCGCCGUCUCAUUAAAUAUCGGUUCCAUGAAAAGGAAUUUCAGACCCGAUUCGCUAUUCCUUGGAUUAUUUAUAUUUUUGGUUGUUCAAUUGCCAUCAUUACAUUUAUUAUUGAAAUUAAUAUGCCUAGACGUUAACUUAUGACUUACUUUAAAAUAGUUUAUUAUACUAUACUGCAUAUUACAUUGUACUGUGCUAUGGAGAUAUAUGAUGUUAAAAACGUAAUUAAGGUCAACUCUAAUUAUGAAAACGUUGACAAAGGUUACGCCAAUUAUCAUGCUCACAAAUUGCCUUUUGAUUGAUGUGUAUCAACAAAACACGAACUACGAAAUAAAUCAAAUGUAAUAAUGUCACGCCCACUUCUGUCUGUUAUAUACUGAUGCUGAAAUUACAAUCGUAUUUUAAUGAUAUAGCACCUGAUAAUGAUGAACACACAUUCUGUCAUGAUUAGGACAGACAGAUAAUAAUAAUCUGUUCAGAGUUAUUUUUUUGAUAUAUUCGUUUUUAAAUAAAACUUUCUUUAAAAAACUUCAUCAUCAUCCUCUUGCACUUAUCCCAAUUUAUUUUUUUUGUGGUCGGGGCAGCAUUAGAGUAAAAAUACAAUUUCCAAAAAAACGGGCACCUCUCUACCUAUGACAAUAAUUUACGCAGAUUUUAGGGUUUUAGGUACUGAAAUAUUUCACUAGCAUGACAUGUAGAGGUCAGAGAGUCUCCUAAUGAAAAAGUUGAAUCACCUGUUAUAGCUACAAAGACGUACAUAACUUUCAUUAAUUAAAAAAAAAAGUACGUUAAACACAAAGAUAACUUAAGUGCACAUUUUGAUGUUUUUCAUGUGAUUGCAUAUCUUAAAGGAAAAGUUUUUCUAUAUUUGCUAACGUGUGACUUUGUUAUUUAUUUUGUAUUAAAUGUUAAAAGAGUU